AGCAGCUCAGCUUCACCGUCCUCGCCUACGACGGCGGCUCACCCCGCCGCAAGUCUUACGCCAAGUGCCACGUCACCAUCAAGAACCUCGACGCUCCGGAGGCUCCUGAAGCUGUUAUGACAGGAAACUCGUGGGCCAUGAUUUGCUGGAACGUUCCAAAAACUGGUUCUCCACUGGGCUACUUUGUCAAUCUGAAAUCAUUGACUGAACAAGACGGCAAUUACACUGAGAAGAACUACAACUUCACUGUUAGAGAGACGGCGAAGAACAGAAGCAGAUCGUGCGCGGCGUUCCCGGAGCUGCAGACGUCGGCCGACUACGAAUUCACUGUGACCGCCUGGAAUGAUGAGGAGACUGGCAUCACCAGCGCCCCUGUCACCUUCAACACUCGUGUCAACCGCACGUGCUCGAGCACCGCCAACAAUGGGUACGAGUGCAGCUGCGUGGAAGGCUUCUACGGGGAAGACUGCGAGUCGUACAACCCGUGCGUGACCUCCAGCGCGCUUUGUCUCCACGGAGGAACCUGUCGCAGUAACUCCAGUGGCACGUACCUGUGUUCCUGCUCAGAAGGAUACUUCGGGAUGAAUUGCGAGCACUUCAACCCAUGUUCCAGUUCGCCAUGCCAGCACGGUUCUGUCUGCGUCAAUAUUGACAACUCCAAGUACAAAUGUAACUGCGUUUCUGGAUACACUGGAGAGCACUGUGAGACUGUCUUCGACGAGUGCGAAUCCCAGCCCUGCCAGAACGGUGGACUGUGCUCUGACGAAUUCGGUUCCUUUCUUUGUACAUGCUCUGUGGGUUUCACAGGAAAACUAUGCGAGCUGGAUAUUGAUGAGUGCACUUUGAGCCCCUGCCUGAACGGAGGAUGUUGCUCAAAUUCUGUUGGAAGCUAUUCGUGCGCAUGUCGCCCAGGCUUCGAAGGGAAAUCCUGCGAAGUAAAUAUUAAUGAAUGUUCGUCCAGCCCCUGCAGUGACAACGGCCUCUGCGUGGACGGCGCUAACAACUUCACGUGCAGCUGCUACGACGGAUUUGAAGGAGAGUUCUGCGAGAAAGAAACUGACGAAUGUGUGUCAAAUAUUUGCUACAAUGGAGGAACGUGCCAAGAUGAUACCAAUGACUACCACUGCAUCUGCCCACCUGGUUAUUCAGGGAAGAACUGUGAAACUGACAUAGUUCAGUGCCAAAACGACACGCUGCGAACCGAGAAAGGAACUUUCGUUUGGGAUUCCAUCGAUCACGGUAUGGUGGCGAGGCAAGAGUGUCCGUACGGUGCAGAUGAGAAGCUCUCUCUCGACGCAGAUGAAGAAAUUUCGAAGUAUGUAAGUGAUCUGAAAUGGAAAGCGUUGACGGGCACAAGUAUGCAAGCCACAGACGACAACGUGACGGCAGAAAACCUGCAGGUGGAAGGCGAGAUAGCGUACGCGGUGCGGCGCUGUGUGCUGCGGCCAGAUGGCAGCGUCGCCUGGACGCCCAUGCUGCAUACUGCCUGCCGCCGAGAGGAGAUCACUUCCGCUCUUCAAAUGAUUGGUUAUCUCCAGAAUAUCACAAAAGAGCCACUUCACAUAGAUGGUGAAGUUUUCUGUAAGGCAGCAGCAGAAAUCCAGAAAGUUCUGGUGUUCGCACUGAGGAACAGAAAGAUUGCAGAGAGCAUGGUGUUGGUGAUCAGCAACCUCAUGAAUGUGAACGAAAGCGUCCUUCAAACGGCAGACGCUAAUGGGACAGUGUCACAGAGUAUAGUGAAGCUCGUAGAUAAGUACACCAGUUACGCACUUCUUGGUCAGCACGACAGGAUUGCUAUUACAACCGACAACAUGAUAGUCAAUGUACUCGACGUGGGAUUACAAACGACGAGCCAAAUUCACAAUGUCACAUUCGUCUUCACAUCGUCAGCUGCCGCCAGCCCAACAUUAUACAGUGACGCCAACACCACCAGUUCUGAAAUAUUCCUGCACGUCCCAACAGAAGCUGUAUUGGUGGCCGCUCGCUAUAUGCGCAGUAGAGUCAGAGCUCGAUUUGUCUGUUACAAGAAUGGUAAAUUUUUUCGACCUCUGGGGUUUUACAACGUUUCUAGUAAUGAAACAACACCCAAAUUGAGAUUCGCAACAGAAGAGCCAGUGAUGUCAGUAACCAUCUCCAAUGUAAGCGUUGGGAACCUCAGUGAAGUGCUGACUUACAGUGUACCCAAUAUCUUCGGAGACACAAAGCAGAUAUGUGCCUAUUGGGAAACGAACAGUUACGAAUGGCUGACUUAUGGUUUAAAGACAAACCAGACUGAAAGCAGGAUAAUUUGUGAAUCGGACCACAUGACUCACUUCUCGAUCCUUCUGGAUCCCGGAUCAGACUACGGCGUAUCGGAGGAGCACAAGUAUACACUAAGCAUCAUCAGUUACGUUGGCUCCUUCUGCAGCAUCUUCGGUCUCACUUUGACAAUCGUUACCUACGCUACAUUCAGGUCUCUGAACCGCGACAGAUCGGGGAAGAUACUGCUGAACUUGUGCGUCUCACUGCUGCUGAUGAAUUUAUCCUUUCUGCUGGUGAUGGUGAAGAACAACGUCCAUUUGGUGGAUGUGUGCAUACUGGUGGCAAUCUUAACGCACUACUUUGUCCUCACAUCUCUGGCCUGGAUGUUGGUCGAAGCUGUUAACAUGUAUCAGUUGCUUAUCACAGUUUUCGCUACGUCUGAGAUUCGAUUCAUGCUCAAAAGAAUGAUCUUCGCCUGGGGUGUGCCGCUGAUUAUCGUGGCGUCAACAGCCACGUAUGACAUUGGUUACUACAAUUCAACUUCUGAGUACUGUAUGCUGAACAAAAAUGAACCAUAUGUUUACUAUAUCACAUAUCUGGGGCCGUCGUGCAUAAUGCUGGCGGUGAAUUGUGUGGUAUUUGUGCUGGUAUCCAGAGUUCUGUUCCAGAAACAUUUGGCUGGGAAGGUGGAAGAAAGACCCGAAAACACCGUCUCCAUGUCACAGGUUCGAGGUGCAUUUGCUGUCAUGACUUUACUAGGAGUGACAUGGGUAUUUGGAGCAUUUGCUUUUGGUAGUACAGAACUUGUAUUUCAGUACUUGUUUUGCAUAUCAAAUUCUCUGCAAGGAUUCAUCAUAUUUAUUGUAAGAUGUGUACAAUAUUCACAAGCAAGGCUUGCUUGGGCUGCAUGCAUCAGAAGGAAACAAAUUAAGGAAUUCCGUGGAGCUGUACCAUCUUCAUUCAUAGGGAAUUCACACUCACUGAACACUGUUUCAUCAAGCAUUUGCUCUCAGUCGACACACAAAGUUAACUUAGAUAAAGAAAAUAACUCCAAUGAUGGUGGUAACAGUUUGAUAUGGGGAAAACCUCUUUCAAAAGACUCCCACAGUAAAUCUCGAGGUCAGUCUUAUUCAUCUUGGAAAUUCCAAAAUGUAUUUAACACUUCUUCAGAAUCAGAUGAUACAUUUAAAUGUGCUGCCAAUUUUAUUGAACUACAAGAUCCACAUAUUGUAUCAGCAACUUCAAAUAACAGUAAUAGUAUCUCAGGCACUUUGAAAAAAGAGUUGGAAAAGACCCUCGUGAAUAGACCAACCAUUUGUAGGACACAAAGUAUGCAUGUGAAAAGCCAGAGUUUUUCAAAUGAUUUAAGUAGUUUCAAACGAGGAAAUAGCAUACAUUGUUCUCUGCAGCUAUAUAGCAAAGCACCAUUUCAUAUGACUUACACAGAAAGCCAAGAUACACUCACUGCAAAAGAAGGUGAAGACACAUCUUGGCAGUUCAUGAGAACACAGCCAAAGCUUAAAUCACAUGAAAUAACAACAAUGACUGUCCGUAAAGAAACUCCUUUAGCUGAGGGAGAUUCUCCUGUCACAGUGCAUGCAAGCUCAAAUCUUAAAGAAGAAACAUUUAUCAAAACUGUCAGUCAUUCAGAUCAAGGUUAUAUUUCUGGAAUUUGUACAACUGAACAUUCACCAGAUAGCCCUUGUCAGAAACCUCACCAAAUUCACUGUGCUAAAAAGUAUUUAUGUGAGACAGACUCAAGGCUGACUGUAUCAACACCGGAUCACAUAUCAACCAAUUCAAGUGCAAGUAAUAAAAAUGGGUCAUAUCAUGACCCAUGUACUGAAGUUAGAAAUCUUAUAACAAAAAGUGAUGGAAACAUUUUGCCCCCAAAGAAUCUGGUACAAAAAUUAGAGAGGGAGAAAAUAAUUUCUCAUACAUUUAUAGUUAUUAAUGGCCAAAAAAUUUACACAAACAACCCUUCUGUUAGACUAAAUGCUGAGCAAGUUGUUGAUGGAAAGAAAAUUGAUGUUCAGUGUGUCAAUAAUAGUCAGAUUCCCCCAAUACUUAAUAAGGAUUCAGGUGAAAUAAAAAAUAGACUCUAUGGUGGUACCAUAGCAACCAAAGAGACUCCCACUUUAACUGAAAACACUAAUUUAGAGACAAAAAACUCUAGCAAAAAUAUUGUCUCAAAAGAUAUGCCUGCUUACAAAGAUUUGAAAGACAUUCAGUUAACAACUACUAGAAGUAAAAAGUGAAAGAGAGUCACAGAACAC